AUGACAAAUAGCACUACCAUCAUCGACCGCCGUUUCCGAAGGUUUUCGACCGCCGUUUCUGUUCGUUUUUCCGCCGUUUCAAAUCAAACAUCAGCCGCCGCUCACCAUCACCAUCGCGCCAAACCUCAGCCGCCGGUCCCUCUCGCGCGACCUCCCUUCCUCUCUUCUCACACCGCCUUCACAAAACUUGUCGAUAUUCCGGCCACCACUCCAACAAAGGCUAUCACAGCUGUUACUUCCAUUUUGUGGGAAGAUUUAGUGAAUAGUCCUGUAAAAGAUGGGUAUGGUGAGUUUAUUAAUAAGAGAAAAAUCCAAUAUGCUGAGAAGAUGAUUAUAAGUGCUUUUGUUGAGCUUUAUACAGGUCUUGGCCUUCUCAAAACUUACAGUUACUUAAAAACAGUGAAAAGAUCACAUUUCAUCAGUUCAGAUAAGGUUGUUAGACUAAUGGAUGAAGUGGAAUCCAUUUUCACAAAGAACUUUACUAGAAAUGAUAGAAAAAAAGCAAUGAAGUUUUUAAAACCUCAAGUGCAGAAAGGUUCUCAUAUGGUCACUUUCUUUGUCGGUUUAUGCACUGGUUGUUUUGUAUCAUUGUUUUGUGUCUACGCAAUCUUGGCACACUUGUGUGGAAUAUUCUCUCCUAACACAGAACCAGCUUAUAUGGAAGCAGUUUAUCCUGUUUUCAGUGUAUUUGCAUUGUUUAGUCUACACUUGUUUAUGUACGGAUGCAAUUUAUAUAUGUGGAAAGCGACAAGAAUAAAUCAUAAUUUCAUAUUUGAAUUCUCGCCGACCACGGCGCUAAAGCAUAGAGAUGCUUUUCUGAUUUGUAAUGUCUUCAUGACUGCUGUGGUUGGAGCGAUGGUCUUGCACCUUCUUCUAAGGGCUGCGGGGUUUUUUCCUGGCAAUGUUGACGCCAUUCCCGGAAUUCUACUUCUGUUUUUCAUAGCUAUGCUCAUUUGUCCAUUAGACAUUUUCUAUCGUCCAACUCGAUUCUGCUUCAUCAGCGUUAUUCGUAACAUUAUCUGUUCUCCUUUUUAUAAGGAUUUUUUUAUGGCUGAUCAACUAACUAGUCAGAUACCAUUGUUAAGACAUUUGGAAACAACGAGUUGUCACAUUUUAUCCCGGGUUUUCAAAACGCACCACCCUGAAACCUGUAGUUCCGGAAGAUUAUACAUGGAAAUAACCUACAUUAUCUCAUUUUUGCCAUAUUUUUGGCGUGCCCUUCAGUGUGUAAGAAGAUGGUAUGAUGACAGUGAUGUUGCGCAUUUGGCGAACAUGGGGAAGUAUAUCUCUGCAAUGGUUGCAGCAGGAGCUAGAGUAACAUAUGGAAGACAAGAUAACAAUAUAAUGUUUUUUAUUGUUAUAAUCACAUCUGUGACAGCUACAAUGUAUCAACUGUAUUGGGAUUUUGUCAAAGAUUGGGGAUUUCUUAAUCCUAACUCAAGAAAUGCAUGGCUAAGAGAUGAUUUAGUUUUGAAGAAUAAAAGCAUAUACUACAUGUCUAUGGCAUUAAAUGUUGUGUUAAGAGUGACUUGGACAGAAACUGUUAUGCAUUUCAAAGUUGGGCCUAUUCAAACAAGGUUGUUGGAUUUUAUGUUAGCUUCAUUGGAUUUUAUGUCUACCGAAGAUUUUAUAUUGGUAAUUUAA